CCGGAGCAUGUAAAAAGAAUUCGUCGUAUCAAAAUUUACUCAAUAAAUCUUUCACGCUGGCAGUCCUCAAAGAAAGGAUGAACCCCAUAGAAAGCUCCCUACUGUACUUUGAGACUAGUAAAACCAGAAUAUUGGUCCUGGUCUCUGCAGUGCUGGCUGGCUGGGUGUUUCUUGAGCUGCUCUAAAGUUCUUUAUCGGAGUUGACAGAUGCUCGAGAAGCAAAUGCUGCCUAGUCCUCUCGCCGAUGGUAAGUGUCUAAGAAUUUACCGUAAGAAUCGUUCACUGUUGGAUAAUCACGUGAUCCCAAUGCUGGUACUGGAUGGCCUGCUCUCUCGCAUUUCUGGCAUAUCUCCUGGCUAUUUAUUUAGCAUUCAAAUCUAUUCACGCUCGCAUGCUCAUCUCUGUCCUACGGAGCUGGCUGAAGGUCUUCGUGCAAUAGCUUGUGAGUGAAGCUUUGCGCAGUAAAUGUUCCCAUCUCUGGUCCUACUUGCUCUUCUUCAUUCUGCCUAAAGAAUGACAGUCCCUGCUUCAGCCAUCGACGGAUUGGUGUAAUCUCUCUUGAAUCUACAUGCCGCCAGCUGCUUACCAAUCAGUUCUAGCAUGUUGCGAUCAUUUAGCUGCAGCUCGAAAACUUCUUCAAUGAACUGUCGUCCUUCAGUCCCACACCUUGUCCCACGCUCUGGUGUUUGUGCGACAUGAGAACGAACUCGGGGAAGAUUCUACUCUCGCAUUGAUAUCUUCGUCAGCAUCUGUGUAUGAAAGGCAGUGUGUGUACUGUAAUCAUUUUUACUUCGCCACCAUGCCAAUCUUCUGCAAUCGAGUGGAUGUCAUAGUUCAUGCUUCCCUUCCUUCCAUCUCCAUGCACGUUCCAAAACUAGAGAAGUUGGAUGGAUGCGAAGAUCAUCCCACAAUGGCUCCUGGCCAGUGCAACUAGUAGCUAACUUCCAAUGAAGGAAAACUGUUGUGCUGAGAUCUGAGAUCUGAGCUCCAGCUGCAACGAAAACAUGACUAACUUAGACCCCCGAAAUAGUGUUACAAAGCUUCAAAUGCUGAAGCGGGGGAAAGAAUGCCUGACUAUAGAAAUCUACAAAUUGCAAGCAAGUUCUUGCACAGUACUACCAACGAUGAUCACAGCUCGUGGUCGAAGCUAUGGACUGUUAUGGUACAUUUCACCCAGUGAUAUCUGUCGCCACUGCCUGAUACUUCUCGUUGCCUGUUCACUGAGGACAGUAUAUACAUCUCCUCGAUCACUGACCGAUCGGUUCACAGGAUUGCUGAUCGACACAGUCAAUUAUGAUACAGAAAGGAUUACACGGAGCUAGUGAGUUUCAUCAAUAUGUGUACGACGUACAAACGAUGAUGAUCCACACACUGAACUUGCCCAUAAUCGUUGACAUGCCCGUGAAGGCCAAAAAUAUACUCGCUCCUGUUCGUGGAUCCAUCUGCAGAUUCUAGUAGUACUCGCGCUUGUCCAUCUUCUCGGCCACUCCGGCCAGAUAAUUCAGAAGAGUCUGGCCGAGAUACUCGACCACGUACCCGAACCACAACGAAACACUCUGCCGAGUGGACGGCCUCAUGACGCUUCUGGUGAUGACGGCGGCGGAGUCAGCCACGAGAGACUCUCUCUGCGCGCCGCUCUCGCUGCCGCUGCCGCUGAGCAGAGCUCGGGUGUCAAUUUCCAUCUUCUUGCUUGCGCUGCGCAGCCUCGCAGCUCGCUGCGAGCUCUCCGCCCUGCGUGAUGAAUUCUCCUCUUCAAUCACGUCCUCGGACCUGUCCCAGAACGGCAAUGGCAAGCAGUUCCACAUUUUGCACUGCGACUACAACUCCUCUCCUCGAGUAAAACGAAUGGAGUCUGUCUGUGCCUUGAUAUCGACCACGGGCGAGAACCCAAUUUCAGCAAUCCAAUGUCACGACUUCUUCACCUAUUCCUAAACCUGUGGAAUUCCUUUGCGCACUCGGAGCGGGAUCAGACGAAUUUCGGGGCUGCGUAGUUUCUACGAGUCGUCAAGUAGAGAAAUUGGAUGAGGUCCAGGAGAUUUAUACAGGAGCAAGUCUGACCCGGUUUGCACAGAGAGUGAACGGGAGAGUGAAGAAAGUCAGAGGAAGGAAAGAGAAGGGAAGGGAAGGGAAGGGAAGGGAGGGGAAGGGAAUGGCGGGGGCCCGGAUUCACAGCUGCUCAAAUAGGAGAAGAGUCCUCCUCCUCGAGAGCGCAGAGGAAUUCAACGAGUUCCCGGCCGAGACUUCUGGCACUGACUGUACCAGAGCUAAACAAUGGCCUUAUAUAUGAUCCGCGCGUCGCUCGCUC